AUGGAUCUUAAUAAAACAUCUUCACCAGACACAGUGUCUUCUAUUGCAGCGGAGUUCACUUCUUUUAAAAACUUCAUCCACACAGCGCUGACUUCCUUGCAAAAGCAAGUUGAAAUAUUGUCUAGAGAAGUGGACAGAAUGGAAAUGAGUAGAAGGCGCAAAAUGCUUCUAUUCCAUGGUGUGGCAGAGAAGAAGAAUGAAGACACCACUACAGUGGUAACCAGUGUAGUAGCUGAACAUCUGGAUCUGCCAAAUUUUGCCAGUGCUAACAUUGGUUCUUCAUAUCGCUUGGGACGUUCUUCUGGUGAUAAACGUAGGCCUAUAGUGGUGAAAUUUACUAAUGUUCAAGUGCGUGAUAGUGUGUGGUUUGCAAAAACCAGGCUUAAGGGAUCAGGUAUCACAGAAUCCGAGUUUCUGACCAAACGUCGUCACGAAUUGUUCUUAGAAGCUAGGCGACGUUUUGGCAUAGGGAAAUGCUGGACGCGUGAUGGCUUGAUAAAUAUCAUUGCACCCAAUGGAUCGCGCUAUCGAGCUGAGUGCAUGAGUGAUAUACAGUGCAUUCCCGAGGCGCCGCCAAAAUCACCGAAGCCCAGUACCGUGGUGGCUCCUAAAAGUGUUGACAAUAAGGUGGUAGUUCAACGUGUUAAACGUAUCGUUAAAAAUAGCAAUAAUCUACUGUAUUCAUUA